AUGGUGACGGGGACGUCGGUGCUGGGGCUGAAGUUCUCCGGGGGCGUGAUCCUGGCCGCGGACACGGUGGGAUCCUACGGAUCCCUGGCGCGAUUCCGGGGGAUCUCCCGGCUCCUCAAGGUCAACGACUCCACCGUGCUGGGAUCCAACUGGGAGCCAAACUGGGAGCCAGACCAGGAUCCAAACUGGGAUCAAAAUAGGGAGCUAAAGAGCCCGAUGGUGACGGGGACGUCGGUGCUGGGGCUGAAGUUCUCCGGGGGCGUGAUCCUGGCCGCGGACACGGUGGGAUCCUACGGAUCCCUGGCGCGAUUCCGGGGGAUCUCCCGGCUCCUCAAGGUCAACGACUCCACCGGAGCCAAACUGGGAUCUAAACUGGGAUCCAGACCGGGAGCCAAACCAGGAUCCAGACUGAGACCCAAACUGGUCAAACUGGGAUCCAAACUGGACAAACUGGGAUCCAAACUGGGAUCCAAACUGGUCGAACUGGGAUCCAAACUGGUCAAACUGGGAUCCAGACUGGGAUCCAAUCUGGGACCCAAACUGGUCGAACUGGGAUCCAAUCUGGGAUCCAAACUGGGAUCCAAACUGGGAUCCAAUCUGGGAUCCAAACUGGUUUCCCGCGGCCCUGGCAGGAGCCCGAUGGUGACGGGGACGUCGGUGCUGGGGCUGAAGUUCUCCGGGGGCGUGAUCCUGGCCGCGGACACGGUGGGAUCCUACGGAUCCCUGGCGCGAUUCCGGGGGAUCUCCCGGCUCCUCAAGGUCAACGACUCCACCGUGCUGGGAGCCUCGGGAGAUCUGGCGGAUUUCCAGCACCUGCGGCAGCUCCUGGAGCAGAUGGUGAUCGACGAGGAGCUGCUGGGGGACGGGCACAGCUACAGCCCCCGAGCUCUUCACUCCUGGCUCACGCGGGUUCUCUACAACCGGCGCUCCAAGAUCAAUCCCCUCUGGAAUUCCGUGCUCAUCGCCGGCGUCUACGGCGGGGAGAGGUGAGAGAUCCCGGGAUUGGCAAAUUCCG